GUCGUGCAUUUACAAGCAGACACCCACACGUUAUUUCUCAACAGACUCCCACACACACUUUCUCACAUUUGACGCGUACACAUCAGAGCACCUGGUUUGUAGCCACUCAGUGUUUGGUUCCUUUCCUGUCAACAUGCUGUCCUGUGUCUGGCUGUUGGCUUUGUGGCUAACAGGACACACUCUCGCUGUUGUGUUAUCCGAGCAAACAGAGAGGAACUGCUCGCUGUCCCCACCGUACCUCCCCAGCACAGCAGUAAAUACCACCCUCCAGCUGCAGGAGUUACGAGAGCUAAUGCGUCCCCUGAAUAUCUCUGCCUACAUUAUCCCUGGCACUGAUGCCCACCUGAGUGAGUAUAUCGCACCACGUGAUGCCAGGAUGGCCUUCAUGACCGGCUUUACAGGCUCCGCAGGAACUGCCAUAGUUACCCCGACCAAGGCAGCUCUGUGGACAGACAGCCGCUACUGGGUCCAAGCCGAGAGACAGCUGGACUGCAACUGGGAGCUGGAAAAAGACGUGUCCAUCAUCAGUAUAGCAGAGUGGCUCAUCUCCGAGGUUCCACCAGGCGGCGAGAUCGGCUUUGACCCCUUCCUCUUCUCCCUUCAAACACAGGAGAACUACAACAUGAAUCUGGAGCCAAGCAAUCGCAGUCUCAAGUCCAUCCCUGUGAACCAAGUCGACAAAGUGUGGACUGCCCGACCGCCCCUCCCUCUUGAUAACAUCACCCGCCUGCCCGACAGAGUCAUACAACGGUCCUGGCAAAUAAAAGUGGAGGACAUACGGGAUCAGAUGAGAGACAAUCCAUACGAACCGACAGCUGUUCUGCUCUCAGCACUGGACGAAACAGCCUGGCUGUUUAAUCUGCGGGGCAACGACAUCCCAUACAAUCCCUUCUUCUACUCCUACACACUCCUCACAAUGGAUCACAUCUGGCUCUUUGUGCACACGCACAGAGUUUCAGAGGAGCUGAAGGUGUACCUGAACGCGUCCUGUGAGGGGUCGCUCUGUGUGCAGCUCAAAGAAUACGACACUGUCAGAGAUAAUCUGAAGGAGUAUGUGGCCCAGCCGGGCGUUAAAGUGUGGAUUGGCACUGAAUACACAAAUUACGCACUAUAUGAGAUCAUUACACCAGAGGAAAAGCUACUGACAAGCUCCUACUCUCCUGUGCUCACAACUAAAGCGGUGAAGGAUGAGACAGAGCAGCGGAUCUUAAGGGACGCUCAUGUGAGGGAUGCAGUCGCAGUCAUCCAGCUGCUGAUGUGGCUGGAGAAGGCGGUGCCACAGGGGAAAGAGACCGAGCGGACGGCUGCAGAAUACGUCAAUAAAUGUCGAAGCAAACAGAAGGACAGCAGAGGCCCGAGCUUUGAGACCAUCUCUGCAAGUGGACCCAACGCUGCACUCGCCCAUUACAGGACAGUGGACAGAGUAGGACACCAGGGAGGGAGUGGGUAAUGACAUGACGGAAACAAGCCACAGGUCAGAUUUGCACCUGAGCCGCCCGCUUGGAGAAUGAUAGCCCCUCCUACAUUGGCACACCCAC